AUGGACCCUUCAUCUCCUCUACGCAGUCACCACCAGGGCUCAACGUACAGCGAUGAGCCCCCCGCUUACUACGGCGACUCGCUCUACGAGCCCAGCAUCUCGCCCUCCCAACACGCCGAUCCCACCACCGCUUCCAUGAGACUGCUGCCCACAGCCCAUGAACACCACCACCACGAAGAAGAAGACUUUGACAGCAGCGACCUGGGCACCAACGCCGCGCGCUUUCGCAUGGGCCAGGCGUCGGCAACUCGAAAAGCGUAUGUUUUUAACCACAAUCAUCGUCGUCGUCACGCUGGAACCGUUAUACCCCGCAAGGAACCCAUAUCUACCUCUGUUGCUGUUGUGAAACACCCUGCUACCCUGGAGCCCAUGUCUGUCAGGCUUGGGAAACUGCGUGCCCAGAAUGUCAAUGUUGAGCUGGCACCAAGGAUUUCUCCUCCGCGGUCCGCUCUUCUUUUGCCAGCGCCCCCUCCUCAGAAGAAAAUAAUUGCACCACCAGCAGAAUCAAGCAAGGCGCUUUCUCUGCCCCCAGUUGCCAGUCUUCCCCAUCCUCCCAAGCAUUCCAGUAAACAAGUGGUACCCAUGAGACGACCGCGUUCGCUAGACCUGACUAUGUUCGACAAAUUGGCUAAUAAUGAAAUUGCUCCUUCUAGUGCGAACCCUUCUUCUCCUACCAAAGCAUCGCCCACGCGACUUGCUACGUUUCGUCCGCGCCAAAACUCGGCGGUACAGAUGUCCUAUUCGCCCUCGAGACCAGGAUCCAGCAUGGGCACUGCCCCCUCGAUUCCUCCACCGGCAAUGUCGACCGACUCGCCGCAGUAUGCCUCCCGGCCGGGCUCGCCAACGAGGCCAUGGACCCCGUCUCGAAGCUCUGUCAGACACGGGGCAUCAUCUUCUGUGUCCGGUAUUAACUAUGAACCCGCAGACAUCAACGGAAGCCCGCGACCAGGAACACCCAGUUCACAAUACGGAGGAAGUCCCCGACGUCCACUUCCACCGGCGCCUCUCUUUUCUGUGCCAUCUACGGUGUCUGGUGAGACGAGCAUCGAUAUUGGCGAAACACGGUCUUCGGAGGACCCCUUUGGUGGAGGCGGACAGACAAUUGACUCUCGCCCAUCUUAUGACUCCUUCCGCAGCGAAUCCACCAUGGUAACUGAUGAAAAAGACGGAAUGGAAAAGAUUGAUCUCGACGACGAAAACGUCGAAGAUACCGAGAUGCUUGUUGACCCGCACAUACACUAUGGCCCUGCACCAGAAGGUAAACAGAGCCGUCGAGGUGUGCGUCCCGCGCAAAUGUCGAAAAAGGAAGUGCAUCUUAUCAACGGCGAGCUUGUGCUAGAAUGUAAAAUCCCAACCAUUCUGCACAGCUUUUUGCCGCGACGCGAUGAGCGCGAAUUUACUCACAUGCGCUACACCGCUGUGACUUGUGACCCAGAUGAGUUUGUAGAGCGAGGGUACAAGUUGCGUCAGAACAUCCCCAGCACAAUGCGCGAGACGGAGCUUUUGAUCUGUGUGACCAUGUACAAUGAAAACGAGGUUCUGUUUACUCGGACGAUGCACGGUAUCAUGCGAAACAUCAGCCACUUUUGCUCGCGUACCAAAUCGCGCACAUGGGGCAAGGACGGGUGGAAGAAGAUUGUUGUCUGCAUUAUUUCAGAUGGUCGUUCCAAUGUGCACAAGCGGACGUUGGAUGCCCUGGCCGCCAUGGGCGUGUACCAGGCAGGCAUUGCGAAAAACAUUGUCAACCAAAAGGAAGUCAACGCCCACGUCUACGAAUACACGACGCAAGUCUCGCUUGACGCGGACAUGAAAUUCAAGGGCGCCGAAAAGGGCAUUGUGCCAUGCCAGGUCAUUUUCUGUCUCAAGGAGCAAAACAAGAAGAAACUCAACUCUCACCGAUGGCUAUUCAAUGCCUUUGGUCGCUCGCUUGACCCCAAUGUCUGUAUUUUGUUGGAUGUGGGAACACAGCCUGCGCCUACCGCUCUGUACCAUCUGUGGAAGGCCUUUGACCAAGACUCCAACGUCGCCGGAGCCGCUGGUGAGAUUAUUGCCGGAAAGGGCAAAAAUUAUAUGGGACUGCUCAAUCCACUGGUGGCAUCUCAGAACUUUGAGUAUAAAAUGUCUAAUAUUCUGGACAAGCCGCUGGAAUCAGUCUUUGGAUAUAUCACUGUGCUUCCUGGUGCACUGAGUGCCUACCGCUACUACGCUCUACAGAAUAACGAAGAUGGACACGGUCCUCUUAGUCAGUAUUUCAAGGGUGAGACGCUACAAGGAAAAGAUGCAGAUAUCUUUACUGCCAACAUGUACUUGGCUGAGGAUCGUAUUCUGUGUUGGGAGCUCGUUGCCAAGAAGGGCGAAAGAUGGGUGCUCAAGUUUGUCAAGAGUGCCGUGGGCGAGACCGAUGUGCCGGAUUCCGUUCCAGAGUUUAUUUCACAGCGACGACGAUGGCUCAAUGGUGCUUUCUUUGCUUGUGUUUAUUCCUUGGUCAACUUCCGCCAGGUGUGGGAGACGGAUCACACGCUGACGAGGAAAAUCUUGCUGCAUAUUGAAUUUGUGUACCAAUUUCUUCAAACAUUAUUCACCUACUUUGGCCUGGCAAACUUUUAUUUGGCAUUCUACUUUAUUGCAGGGUCGUUAUCGAAUCCCGAUAUUGACCCCUUUGGUCAUAACAUGGGAAAGUACAUAUUUUACGUUUUGCGUUAUUCAUGUGUAUUGCUUAUCGCGUUGCAAUUCAUUCUUUCAAUGGGUAACAGACCGCAAGGCGCUCGGAAAAUGUUUAUAUUUGGAAUUGUCGUUUAUGGAAUCAUCAUGGCAUACACCUCGUUUGCGACGAUUUAUCUAGUAGUCAUCAAACUCAAAGGCAGCAAGGGAUCGGUGUUGGAUUCAAGCGAGUUUUCAAACAUCAUCAUGUCGUUGGCCUCUACCUUGGGACUGUACUUUUUCAUGUCACUCGUGUAUCUUGAUCCCUGGCAUCUGAUCACCUCUACGGGACAAUACUUUAUGAUGCUGCCCAGCUACAUCUGCACCCUCCAAAUCUACGCCUUUUGCAACACUCACGACGUUACCUGGGGCACCAAGGGCGACAACCACCACACCAUGGACCUCGGAGCUGCCAAGGGUCUGGGCGGAUCCAGAGUCGUCAUGGAAAUGCCCACGGAACAACUCGACAUUGACAGCGGCUACGACGAAGCCCUCCGCAACCUGCGUGACCACGUCGAAGAACCGCAGCCGUCACCCUCCGAAAGCCAGAUGCAGGAAGACUACUACCGCGCCGUGCGAACCUACAUGGUUUCCAUCUGGAUGGUCGCCAACGCAGUCCUGGCCAUGGCUGUUUCCGAAGCAUAUGGCGUGGACUCGGGCGCUAAUAAUAUCUAUCUUGCCAUCAUCCUGUGGGCAGUCGCGGCCCUCGCUGCGUUCCGUGCCGUUGGCUCGACCACAUUUGCAAUCCUGAAUCUCGUGCACAAGAUCGCCGAGGGACGGAUGAAGUUCCAGGCUGGAUCGCUCGGUGGAUUCAUGGGCGGCGGCGGUAGCUCAAAGGCCAGCAGCGCGGUAGCGUCGAGUCAUUAUGGCGGCACAGCCAGUGUGCGUGACUGGUUCUCAGAACGUGGAUGGGAUGUGAAACGCAAGUUUCAAAAGUUGAUGUUUUGGCGGAAGUGA